ACUGAGCUGUCUGUAUGAAGAGGAACCUCCGAGCGUGUGUGUGUGUUAUUGAGAGAAAGCAUAGUGCAGAGGGAGAGCGUAUUUAGCAUGAGGUAAAAGAAGAGCAGGAGGAAGCAGCGUUGGGAGAGACGGCGCAUGUUGCCUGAUUGAGAAAGACAGAGGGUAGAGGACAGAAGGAGAGAAAGAAAAGGAAGCAAACAUUCUGAGUGCUUGAGGGAACAUAGAGAAGAGAGAGAAGGAGAGGAGAGGCAGUUUGGUCUCAGUCAAGUAGACAGUCAGGGAGCGGUGUAGAGCCGGCAGUGCUGCAUUGUGGAUGUAAACUUUAUCAUCUGCCGGAUCAGUGGGUAGCAGCUGCAAGGCAGGAGGGAAGUGUGCUGGUGGAUUACCAUGUGCGUCCUCUGAAUGCAUCAGGAUGCUACAUCUCCACCAGGGGAAAAGCUGGCCGUGGCUCGCCUGCAGAGGGAAGUUGCACGGAGCAAGAGCGAAGGAACAAUGCGAGAAAAGCUGAUCCACGAGCUAGAGGAAGAGCGACGCCUGAGACUGGAGAGUGAGAAGCGUCUCCGGGAAGUGACUGAGGAGUCUGAGCUGGGACGGGCGCAGAUGGUUUCACUGCAGCAGCAAUUCUCCAGGAUGGAAGAGACGGUGCGGUCACUGCUGCAGAAUCAAGGCAUCCUGGAGCAGACUGCUGUGGGCACAGUGGACAUCAUGAAGGCCUACAAGGAUAAAUUCUCAGAGGAAGUGCAAAAACAGCAUGAUGGCUCCACAGAGAAUGGCUCCCCACCGGCCACUCAAGCGGACUCCGGGCUGCUGGUGAGCGCCGAUCCUGAUGCCAGCCAGGCAGAAGAGAACAAAGACAAAACCAAACUCCUACUAGAGCGCCUCAAGGCUCUUGAGGAGGAGAAUUCUGCCUUGGCCACGGAGAAUGAGAGCCAGAGGGAGCAGUAUGAACGCUGUCUAGAUGAGGUUGCCAAUCAAGUUGUGCAGGCACUUCUCACCCAGAAGGAUCUGAGAGAAGAAUGUCUGAAGCUGCGAACCAGAGUUUUUGACCUCGAGCAGCAGAAUCGGGCGCUGAGUAUUUUGUUCCAGCAGAAGAUCAAGCCCGCCUCGGAUCUGCUUCUCCAGAAACUUCACUCUCGGAUCAUGGAUCUGUCUGCAGCAGAUUUGCUUCUGGAGCCAGAGAGAAGCAAGGCCUUCUUGCUUUCCAGGAAUACAGACAAUCCUUCUAAUGAGGUUCAGUUGAAUCGAAAGGCAGGUUUCCCUAUGGUGAAGUGUUUGAGCCAGCUAAGUCUGACAGUGCCAGUGCCUGUGUACCCACACAGCAGCUGUAGCAGCAGCGAGUUGUCCUUGUCAAGUGCGUGCAGUGAAUUCUCCAGUGGCUCAUACACGUGGAAUGAUGGACGCUCCUGUGGGAAAAUGUCAUCUCUGACCUGGGAGAAGAGGCUGAGUUUGGGUUCAUCAGCACCUAGUAACAUCUGUGCCCCUGUGGAGGAGCAGCUGCCCACAAGGCACAAAGAGAGCCACAUACUAGAGGGACUGAAAAAGCUCCAGAGCAGGAAGCACAGAAGCUCCUCUUCUUCAUCCAAGGUCUCCAAGUCAGGCUACAAAGACUGCAUGAACUCCAAUGAGGGUAUCUACUCCCUGGGUAUCAAAAGUAGCAGUAAAGGGGUGUCCAAGCCUACCCAUGUGGGUAGAACUUCAGCUGCUGGGGGCAAGAAGUUCUCUUAUGAUUCUGAUGAUGCAGAUGAUGAACUGGUACAUUCGGGUCAUGGAGUUAACAUCCCUACUAAGGACAGCUGGCUGUACUGUAAAAGGCGCUUCCAUAGCAUCUCAGACAGUUUGUGUAGCUGGGAUGGAAUACAGGACAGUGGAGGUGGAGGUAAUGGGAACUCAGGUGCUGUGGCUACAAAACACCCUUCUGGCUAUGACUCAAAAGAGCGUCCAGAGAAACUCAUGAGUUUCAUCAACAGUUUUCUCCCUGAGGGAGGGCAGGCAUCAGCUUUUACUAAGCCAUCCAGGCUGCACUUCAGUCCCUCUGAGCCAGAGGGUUCCAAUCACCUCUCUGAUGUGGAUGAUCCAGGGGAACUCAAGUCUGAGUCCACUGAGAUCCAUAUGUCCUUUAGCCUGCUACCGCUGCAAGCAGAGAGGGACUCCAAGAGGCUGUCAUGGGAUGCCUCCAAGCUGCUUGCACAACAGUGCUUGCAAAGAGACCAGGGACAAACCCAGUCUGCAGAUGAAAGGCCCAGGCCUAUAAGUGUAAUUAAGGAGCCCAAAGAGGUCAAAUGUACUCACUCUGAGGAGAGCAAAUUGGUGAUAUUUGAUGUAGGAGAGUCUAUUGGACUUUGUUCACAGAAACUUGCAGCAAGUCCCGUGGCUCACAAUGACAUUCAAGCUAGCAAAGUAGUUGCUGAUUACACAGAGCUAGUGCCCCAAGAUAAGCCAACAAGGCAAAAGUCAGCAAAUGUAAGAAACUAUGCUGUUCUAGAGUCUCCAGAGAAGCCAUCUGAUUAUCAGACUGGGACUAGCAAAGCAAGCAGUAGCAGGGAGGGAAGUGCAGAGAGGCUGUCAAUGCAGUUGACUCCACAAAGGACAUUAAUCAAGCCACCAAACAGCCAAGUUAAUAAAGGCCAUUCUAUCCCUCCCAUGAAUGAUUCUGCUGGUCCCAAGUCAAGUGGUUCAAUGAUCCCUGGCCAUAAUAAACCGUCAGGCUCCCCACUGAGAUUGUCUAAGGGUUCCACCACUCAACCAAAUAACAGUGGAAACUCAGGACCCUCUGGUCAGGAAAAAUCUCCCUCCUCUCCUACAGUUAAAAUGUCCAAGUUCAUCAAAACACCAGGAAACUGCUCACAGAGUCCAAAGGUGGUAAACCCCAAGCUCCCUGGCAAGGCUGACUGGAGUAAGGGCUCCUCUUCCAGUUCCAUACACCUCUCACGGAGACACCUGGAGUAUGCUGACAAUGGCGAACAGCCAAGCAGAGACACACUUUGUGAAACCAGCAAAAAUAAACUCAGGUCCCCUUCUCCUCCCCCUCCCCCAGGCCGCUCCACCUCCUUACUUAUCAGACCAAAUUAUGAAGGGUCACCUCUUGCACAUAAAACAGGGGUAGCUCAACCAUCAACACCAACCACUGUGAGGGGCCCUCCCCCAAGUUACUACACCUCACUUGCACCAAAUAUGCAAACUACACUACCCAUCAAGGAUAAAGACUGUUUAGACUUGGAUGCAGGUUAUGGGACUGCACUUGCACCUCAGAAACUGGUUGAUAAAACCAGUCAGCACCUUCAGGAGUCCCCUGCCCUGACUCAGACAUCUACUAAAGGCACUACCAAGCGGAUGACCACAAAAGACUACCUCCCUUCUGCCAACUCAGGGUGUGCUCCAGAAUCUGAAAAUGCACCUAAAAACUCAAAGAAUGUCCCUCCUCCUUACAGUGAUCUCAGAGGCUCCGCACUUCAGAAAUCAUUUGCACAUAAGAAAGAAUCUAGCCAGGAAAAAGUUCAUCAGACAGUGCAAGAGAGCACUAUUAGUUUACCUGUAUCACUUCAGAAAACCACUCAAGGUAAACCAGAGCCACAAAAUGGUAAGGCUGUAGUCAGCCCACCCAGCUCAGUUAUGAUAUCCCCUAAGGUGGUAGAAAAAGCCUCAAAGACUCGCAUCCCAAUGGGGUUUAAAGCAUUCUUAAAAUCUCCCCCCAGCCAUAAAAAUAGCUCCUCUAUACCAGAUAAGCAAGAGAAAGAUCACAUCAAUUCAGUCUCUAAGGAGACUGUUACCUCAAAUAUAUCUACCCAGUGUGACAGCUUGCAGCCAGUGUACAGUAUUGAUUCAGCACCCAAGAUGCCCAUCACAGAGGGAAAAGUUGAGGCCCAAAGUGGGCUACUGGAAGAGGACGUACAUGCUGCUGUGUUACAAGAGGAUGGGGGUGUUUGUGAUAAAGGGAAAAGAAGUAGUCACCUCUUCUCUAGAUCUAUAUCUGUUACUACCAAACCUCAUCUAAAGCCAGCCUUGGGGAUGAAUGGAGCCAAAGCCCGUAGCCAGAGUUUCAGCACCAACUACAUCGAGAAACCCAACACUAGUGUCAUAGAUGGACCAGGAAAAAUGAGAACACAGAUCAUCACCAACUCAGGUGAAAGGGGGAACUCUCUGUCAAGACAGAGCUCCUUGGAGGUGCCCAGUUUUGGGUCAACUGAGAGCCCUGUUCAUUCUCCAAGGACCAGACUUAGCCACUAUGGAGGCAUGUCAGUAUCAAAUAGUCACAACGUCAUCCCUGAGAGAAUGUCUAAAUCAGGCUCCAAAGGUGAGGGGUCGCCAUGCACAGUGAAGGGGGAGGUAGUCACCUCACCAUCACAAAAAGAGAUGUGUACUUUGCCCAUCAGUGACAGGAUUGGUUCAAACAACAUCCAUAAGCCAGCAAAUGUUGCCUCUCAUCCAGAGUUUCAGCCUCCGUCCCCUUGUGUCUAUAGCUCGGAAAACCCAGUGCGAGAGACAGGAGGCAUAGCAACCACCACCAGUGAGCCAGACUUCAGCAAGGAAAUCAAGUCCCAGACAAACACACCAAACAAACUCCCAAAUAUGGAGGACAAAAAAAUCAGCCCCACAGCCUGCACUAUCGAAGAGAAGGUCAUGAUGGGAAUUGAAGAGAAUGUGCAGAAAUGUCAAGAACAAGAGAAGGUUGCUGCCAAUGAGACCAAACAGAAGACGGGUCCCUCUCUGGCAAACUGGUUUGGCCUCCGCAAGAGCAAACUCCCAGCUCUGAGUGGUAAGAAAGCUGACUCCCCGAAGGGAAAAGAAGAGAAAAAAGAGCUGAAGAUUGGAUCAGUGCUUGGAGGCAAACAGAUGAAGUCUGACAAGAAGAAAGACAAGAAAAAAAAUGAGAACCAACAGAAAGACAGUCAGGAGGCGCAGAAUCUGCCUGAGAUGAACAACAAGCUGAGCUCCAUCAUGGACCAUUGCAACAAUCAGAUGGGUCAGAUUGCCAGUCAGAUCCAGUGUACAACAGCCUUUAUUGGCAAAGACCAGCUUGUCAAAGAGCUUCUUGGCAGGACUGCAGUGAAGGGCUCUGUGGCUGCAUCACCACCUGGGAUCGCCACACCCAAGAAACACAGUGAAAUGAAGGGAGAUGUGGAGAUCUGCCCAGAUACUACUGCUCUUAUAAUGACUCAGAAGAUCAAGCUGAGGGCUGAAAAUGAAGAGGGACACAUUCCUGACACAACUUGUCAAGACCACAUGAUAGGCUCCAGCUGUCAGAUGAGAACCCUGGACAGCGGGAUUGGCACCUUCCCUCUUCCUGAUUCCGUCACCCGGGCUGGCAGUCGCCACAUCCCUAAAUCUGAAUCCAGCCCUGAUGGGAUGACCGCUGGCUCCGCUGAGCUCAACCAGGAGCUUCCCUCUUGUUACCCUGAUCCCUCACAACCCGAUGUGAAAGUGCCUUCUCUCCCAAAAACCCACCUGCAUGCCCCUAUCAGCAUGGGACACUCCCUGUCCGACUCCACUGUGACCUGCAGCAGCAACAGCCAGAACACUCAGAGCCAGCUGCCCAAAUUAGCAACCUCAGAUGCAAUCAGGAUAAAGAGGUUGAGUCUUUGUGCCCCACGCAGCCAAGUCUCCACUGAGGACAAAAAGAGAGAGGCUGAGAGGAAGGUGAAACCCAAAGACCAUGACUUGUCUGGUGAAAGAGUUCUGCUAGUGUGCACGUACUCGGGCAGCAGCAGCGACACUGAGACUGAACCCGAGGGAACCGGAAGCACUUUGGGCUCGCCACAAAGGACCCUGAUUAGCAGAACUAAGAAGAGAGACUCAGUUGACCAGAAUGAGGAGACCCUGAAGAGAAGCAGCUUGGGAAAGCCCUUGUCAAUCAUGGACUAUUACAAGCACGAUAUGUUCUCACUCCUGGAGAAGGACAGCAGGAGGAUUUCCCAAUUCAGUGCGUUACACAGAGAAUCGUCCCUGGAUGGUGAAGCAGGAGACAGACUGAGCAAGGAGCUUGCCAUGGAGAAGACGCCUGUCAGUGUGAACCAGCCGGGCUCUCUUGACUUCUCUUUAGAGUCCCUGAACGAGUUGAAUCACAGCUGCUCCAGCAGCAGUGGCCCCUAUCCGGACACAGGCUCAGGUGGCUGCAGAGGUGAAUGCCACACCAAUGCAGGGAGGAACACAGAGGACUGCUGCAAGGUGGGUGAGCCAUCCCCCUCCAGCUUUUCCAGCAAGCCUGGGGCGGAUCCUGUGGGCUCCCUGAGCGACUCUCUCUACGACAGCUUCUCGUCCUGCACCAGUCAGGGCUCCAAUGACGUGUAGGGGCAAAGAGUCAGAAGGCAGGACGCUCCUCUAACAUCUCAGACUUGUCAUGCUUUUGGCUGUUGCCAGCUUUUUUCUUUCCUUUUUGGAGUUCUCUUCUUCUUCUUAAAAUUCCAUGCAUUGAUUGGAUGUGGAAGGGAGGCCUAGAGAGCGGAUGCUCAAGUAAUCUGGUCUUUAAGAUGACUCCAACUGGGCAAACAUACUGUAGACUAGAACUCUGCCCCAUCGUAAGGAGCUCUGUUCUCUCUACAAACAACAAGAAGCACUUAGUGGAGCUGGAGAUACGAGGAUGAAACCUAAACCCAACCAGGACUAGUAAUAAUUUGACUCUGGAUGUGGUGGACUUGACAGCAAUACACAUAAUUUUCUCAUUAUCUUCUGUCCCCAUGCUGGGGAACGUCUUCUCAUUGCACUGUAACAAAUAUGGUACAGCAUUUGUAAGGAGGGUAACGUGAAAAGCUAUUAAAGCAGUAAUGAGCAGGGCGUCUUCUUAGGGCAACACUGGCUUUCACUUGCAACACAGUUGUUGCUUCAGUUGCAUUCCUGUUGAAUAGGAAACUAAAGCCAAGAUGUCAUUUUAUGUUUUGCUGCUAAAUACAUUGUCCAAGAAAUGCCCAUGUGGAACCACAGUCCACAUCUGGUUCAUCACUGUUCACUUCUUUUGAAACAAUAUUUUUAAAAUAAAUCACAAGGGGAUUCAAAUUUUCUUUAAGUUCUCUUCACUUUAAUUUUAAUGGUAAAUCCUUUUGCCAGUCUUGUGUUUGUAUGUGAUCUUUUGAGCUGUUAAGCAGCCAAUAAUGGCAAACACAACAGAAAAUAAUGUAAAAUGCUCCCUCAGAUGGCAUGACAAUUACCACCAUUCAGCUAACAAAGCUCAUUUUUAAGAGCAGAUAAUCUGAAGAUGUCAGCUGAAGCAAAGCGUGUUGUGUUUCAGUGAAGCACAGCUAAUAAGAUGGCGUGUCAGUGUCAGACAGAUACGCAGGUUAGAGAGAACAACCAGCCCAGUGUCAUUGUUGGCAGCUCAGGGAACACACUGGGCUCAUUUAGACUGUAAGAAUUAAAAUGCAGUCAUGCAGCAAUAGGUUGACAGAUAACUUUCAAUAAUCAUUUGCUUUCUUUCAGUUCCUGUGACUCCACACUCCAGUUAGUCGUCUCAUGGUGGCCUAGCAUAGCUAAACUUUCCAAACCUCAGUUUUCCUUUCAUAGAUGUACAUUAUGUUGUAUAUAAAAAUGCUAUAAGUUAAAAUCGUAAUGGGCAUUGAUGGCUGAUAUAUGCAAAUGAGAAAACUAAACAAAAACAUGUAAAUUAAUUGCCAAUCAUUCAACCAAGGUUUUAAGUCUACUGUAUGAACAUUGCUUGUAUCUUUUUUUAUUGAAAUCUUUAGGGGUUCUUGUUUUGUUUUUUUAUUUUGAUCAAUAAGUGCUAACACUAAAAUAUUUUAUCACUUUAUUUUGAAGACAUAUUUGAACUUUAGGGUAGAGUUAUGCCAAAAUUUUAUCUGGAAUUUGACCAGCUGGUGCUAAUGAACAGAGCUGACUGUGUUUCAAUUUUUCUAUAAAACUGUUAAUAUUGUAUGAAGAGAGUCUAAAGAGGACUUGUGUAUUUUUCUAGAUGUCCAGUAUUUAUACCCACCUUUUGUACUGUCAGACUGUUGUGUGAUUGUCAUGCAUCACCUCUCUCCUUAAAUGUUCCUGGCUCCUUUGUAAAGAGAAACGGUUGCCAACAGUGUUACUUUGGUAAUUGUCAUUAUUGUUAUUGUUGUUGUUAUUAUUACUGUGUGCAAUUUUGUCUGUUACACUAGACUUUAAUGCUAUAUUUUAUGUAACUAUUUCCUAAUUAAA